AUGUCCAAAUCAACAAGCACCUCGUCACCACCUUUCUACAUCAGCCAAUCAACCAACAGCAAAGGCGUGAGCAUUGGAAAUGGUCUUUUUGCUGGUCGUGAAUUCGGAGCUGGCGAGCAGAUUACAGCAAUCGACCGGCCUUUACUCGGAUCUUUAGAUACUCAGUACCUCCACGACACGUGCGCGAAUUGCUAUGUCUGGACUGAGGGAGCAUCAAGCGGCACACGACUAUAUUGUGCGGGAUGCCAGCGUUUCCGAUAUUGUAGCAAGGUAUGCGGAGAGUUCUAG